GUACGGGAAGGGAGAGGAGCCGAGCCGCCGCCGCCCGGCAGCUCGCUACAAACAGGAAGCAGACGGGAACAUGCCGCGGUGACCAGACGCCGACCGAGAGCCGCAUUCAGCCCCCAAAAAGACCCAAAUCUACCCAAGCGCGCGCGCUGAAAUUCUUCCGUCAGAUAGCUGAGGUGCCGGGAUGAAUCGGCACCGCGUGGACUCCCGCGGCUCGUUGGGGCCCGACGAUGAGGUCAUGCCGUACAGUGACGAUGAGACGGAUGACGAACUGGAGGUGAGCUCUGAGGAGGAACAAGAGGAGGAGUCACGAGACCCGCAGCCCCCGGAGGAAGCUAGACCCAGCGAAAUGGGAUGGAAGGUGAAGGCCAACGACCGACCGUAUCACCAACUCCCAGAGUUCAAGAAAAAGGUCUUCCUGUGCUUUAAGAAGAGCCGAUACUCUGGAAACGAAAUCAAGACGUACAAGUACAACGUCCUCACCUUCCUGCCCCUGAACCUGUACGAGCAGUUCAAGAGAGUCGCCAACCUCUAUUUCCUGGCUCUGCUCAUCUUACAGAUUAUUCCAGACAUCUCUACUCUGCCCUGGUACACAACCCUGAUUCCUCUGGUGGUGGUGCUAGGAGUCACUGCCAUCAAAGACCUGGUGGACGAUCUGGCCCGGCACAGGAUGGACAAGGAGAUCAACAACAGGAAGUGUGAGGUUCUGCUGGACGGCGCGUUUCAAGAGUCGAGGUGGAGGAACAUCCAGGUGGGAGACGUGGUCCGUCUGAAGAAGAACGACUUCAUCCCGGCUGACAUCCUGCUGCUGUCCAGCUCCAACCCAAACAGCCUGACCUAUGUAGAAACCGCUGAGCUCGACGGGGAGACCAACCUGAAGUUUAAGCUGGGACUGCGAGUGACCGACGAGGAGCUGCAGGAGGUGCGUCAGCUGGCCGAGUUUAAUGCUCUGAUCGAGUGCGAGGAGCCGAACAACCGCCUGGACAAGUUUGUGGGGACGAUGCGGUGGGACGGGGGCCACUACCCGCUGGGCCUGGACAACAUGCUGCUGCGAGGCUGCACCAUCCGCAACACGGAGGUGUGCCAGGGCCUGGUCAUCUUCGCAGGGGCAGACACCAAGAUCAUGAGGAACAGCGGGAAGACGAGGUUCAAGAGGACCAAGAUUGACGAGCUAAUGAACUACAUGGUUUACACGAUCUUCGUGCUGCUGAUCCUGGUGGCGGCGGGUCUGGCUAUCGGACACUCCUUCUGGUACCAGGAAAUCGGCAUGAAAGCCUGGUACCUGUUCGACGGCAAAGACCGGAGUUCCUCGUACAGAGGCUUCCUCAGCUUCUGGGGAUACAUCAUUGUCCUCAACACCAUGGUGCCCAUUUCCCUCUACGUCAGCGUGGAGGUGAUUCGUCUCGGCCAGAGCAAGUUCAUCAACUGGGACCUGCAGAUGUAUUACGCAGAGAAAGACACACCGGCUAAGGCUCGGACCACCACCCUGAACGAGCAGCUGGGUCAGAUCGAGUACAUCUUCUCCGACAAGACGGGAACUCUCACACAGAACGUCAUGCAGUUCAAGAAGUGCACCAUCGCCGGACACAGCUACGGCGACCCGACCACAGCGGAGGGCGUGGUGCUGGACCGAGGACGGCCGGUAGACUGGAGCUGGAACCGGCAAGCCGACAAAAAGUUUGACUUCAGGGACCAUUCUCUGGUUGCCCGCGUCCGAUCCGGGAAAGACAAAGAUGCCAAUGAGUUCUUCAAGCUGCUCUCUCUCUGCCACACCGUCAUGGUGGAGCACAAAGACGGUGAUCUGGUGUACCAGGCGGCUUCUCCCGACGAGGGCGCCCUGGUGACGGCCGCCAGGAACUUUGGCUACGUGUUCCUGUCUCGCACGCAGGACACCAUCACCAUCAGGGAGAUGGAGCAGGAGAAGACCUACGAGAUGCUGGCGCUGCUCGACUUCAACUCGGACCGCAAGCGCAUGUCCAUCAUCCUGAGGUUUCCCGACGGUCGCAUCCGCCUCUACUGUAAAGGAGCCGACACCGUCAUCUACGAGCGACUCUCCCCGAACUCCAGACACAAAGAAACCACCCAGUCCCAUCUGGACGUCUUUGCCAACGCGACGUUGAGGACGCUGUGCUUGUCCUACAAAGACAUCAGCACAGCGGAGUACGAAGCCUGGUCCCAGAAACACACGGAGGCCCAGUUGGUCAUGGCCGACCGGGACGCCGUCCUCGACCGCGUGUACGAGCAGAUCGAGAGCGACCUGAUGCUGAUCGGGGCGACAGCCAUCGAGGACAAGUUGCAGGAUGGAGUACCGGAGACCAUCGCCACGCUGGCUAAGGCCGACAUCAAGAUCUGGGUCCUGACUGGAGAUAAGAAAGAAACGGCCGAGAACAUCGGAUACGCUUGUUCACUUCUGACAGACGAGAUGCAGAUCCACUACGGCGAAGACGUCAAUGAGAAGCUGAGGCUCCGUCAGGCCAACCGGAGAAACGAGACUCAAGCGCUCCGUCGAGGCCAAAAGAAACCCGCCGAGCCCUUCUUCCCCGCACCGGGCAAAAACGCUCUCAUCCUCACCGGAGGGUGGCUGAACGAGAUUCUGUAUGAGAAGAAAAAGAAGCGGCGACGUCUGCGCCUGCGCCGCCUCGGGAGGCGAGUGCCUCCCAGCAACCCUCAGGACGGACAGCCAAUGGACGACUGGGAGAAGGAGAUGAGACAGAUCGACUUUGUGGACAUGGCCUGUGAGUGCGAGGCGGUCAUCUGCUGCCGCGUCACACCCAAGCAGAAGGGCAACGUGGUGAGUUUGGUUAAGAAGUACAAGAAGGCCGUGACGCUGUCCAUCGGAGACGGAGCCAACGACGUCAACAUGAUCAAGACUGCAGACAUCGGCGUGGGCAUCAGCGGUCAGGAGGGGAUGCAGGCCGUCAUGUCCAGCGACUACGCCUUCGCUCAGUUCCGCUACCUGCAGCGCCUCCUGCUGGUGCACGGCCGCUGGUCCUACAUCCGGAUGUGCAAGUUCCUGCGCUUCUUCUUUUUCAAGAACUUCGCCUUCACACUGGUCCACUUCUGGUACUCUUUCUUCAACGGAUACUCGUCACAGGUCGCCUAUGAAGACUGGUUCAUCACGCUCUACAAUCUGGCUUACAGCAGCUUACCAGUUCUGCUGGUUGGACUUCUUGACCAGGACGUAAACGACAAACUGAGCCUGAAAUUCCCCAAACUCUAUCUACCCGGCCAGCAGGGGCUGCUGUUCAACUACAAGAACUUCUUCAUCAGCUUGUUCCACGGCAUCUUCAUCUCGCUCAUCAUCUUCUUCAUCCCCUACGGAGCCUUCCUGCAGACCAUGGGGCAGGACGGAGAGGCCCCCACCGACUACCAGUCCCUGGCCGUCGUCACCGCCUCCUCGCUGGUUUUCAUCGUCAACCUGCAGAUGUCUUUGGACACCUCUUACUGGACCUUCGUCAACUGCUUUGCGGUCCUGGGCAGCAUCGCCAUCUACUUCGGCAUCAUGUUUGACAUCCACAGUGCCGGCAUCCACGUCAUCUUCCCCUCAGCGUUCACCUUCACCGGUGCAGCGUCGAAUGCCCUGCGCCAGCCCUACCUGUGGUUAACCAUCAUCCUGACGGUGGGCAUCAGCCUGCUGCCCGUCAUCUGCAUCCAGUUCCUGCAUAAGAGCAUCUGGCCCUCAGUGGGCGAUAAGAUCCAGAGGAACAGGAAGAGGUACGAGAUGGAGAUGGAGGAGGAGGAGAGGAAAAAGCCGCCAACAUUCCAGCGCGGCGGGCGUUCCCGCCGCUCCGCCUAUGCCUUCUCUCACUCCCGCGGCUACGCCGACCUCAUCUCGUCCGGACGCAGCAUCCGGCGGCGCCCGGCGGGCCGCGGCGGGCCCCAGGAGAGCAUCAGAGAGGUUCCCCAGAGAGCGGCUGAGAACAUCUGACGGAGCAGAGCUGCAUCCAGGAGGGCGUCGUGAAUACGUUGAGGAGCGCUCGGUUUGUCUCUUCAUUUUUUGGUCGGUGGAGCCGUUGUUCUCCUGUGGUCAAUCAGUGGGGUCUGAGUUCACAGCGACCUCGUCCCUUUGGUUGAUCUGAAACAGGAGACAAAGAGUCUCGUACCUCUAGGAAGGAAAGAUGAAUUGAGCGCUGCUGAAUGUGCCGAUGCUCCUCUGCCUCCAGUUCCCCCUCUUUGCACAGACUGUUCAGAUGGAAGUGAUGGGCGCCGUUACCGGGGCCGAGGUCAUGCAGCGGCUGCGUGACUGAUGAUGUUUAACUCAGGGUUUGUUUUUGAAUAUAAGCCUUAUUUUUACUCCUCUGGCUGGACGGGAAGCCAAUACCUUAUUUAAUGUUUAUUUUGGCAGUCAUUGUUUUAGCCGGAUGUUCGCAGAGCACUAUGCUGUUUUAUUCUAAUGAUAAAAUAUUUAUACCGGUCAAUUGUCCGUUACGUGCAUGAAAUCAGACAUCUUUUACUUUUACUUCCGUCCAUCUAAAUGCGAAGCCAAGAAUUUCCUUCAAAAUAAACUAAAAGCUAAACAAGUCAAGAUAAGCGCUUUUAAUUUUUUUACUCCAAUUAAUGGUGGGAUGUGGCUAUGUAAGCUGGUUGGACGUGUCCCUAGAUUUAAAAACGACAUGUAAGUAGUUCCUCGUUCCUGUGCAGCAUCACGUGUGACUGAUGUCGUCACUACUUUAAGGAACCGGGACCUGUUUCCAACUUGAAGGCUUUUAAAUACCUCUUUUCAAACCGGGAUGCGGUUCUUUGUGGUACAGGUCUCCUUUUUGUCCCUUUACUUUUCCCCCAUGUGCAUAAACACGCUGCGUGUGGGAUCCCCAGUUUGGCUUCAUCAUCAACAGUGUUUGCAAAAUGUCAAUUUGAGCGCUCCUUCCUUCUGAUGGGGAAGGGAAGUUGCAUCACGGGGGAAACCACAGUGAGGAUCUCUGUGCCAACGAGGAUGUUCUCCUGAACAUCAGUCGGCUUCUUCUUCAAACAGCAGUGAGCCAGAACCGCCCCGUCCUCCAUGCUAGGGUCACUGUAUUGUUAGUGUUGAUGUCUUUUCUUACUUUCUUACUGAAUAAAAUGAGGCAGUUUAGAGCUGCUGCUGAUCGUACUGGGAAAUGUUUGGUCAUAUGAUGGUAUUUUAUCAUGUGGUUGUUAAUAAAAGCAAAGCGCUCGAUGAGCAAUCUGAAA